AUGGAAACUGCCGUCUCAUCACUUGUUUCACCAGAGCUAGUUUCUCAAUUCAACCAAGUCUUUUUAAAUUUGGCCACUAAUGAUAAUGAUCUACGAACAACAGCUGAGAAACAAUUAAAUGAACAGUGGCUCGCCCAACAACCAAACUUUUUACUUCUUUCACUAACACAACUCGGUAGAACUCACGACAAAAUCGAGGGAAGAGCAUUUGCUUUUGUACUGCUUCGUAGAAUUGCUUUUAGGCAAGUACAAAAUCAAACUGUUAAGAUUGAUGGUGUGACUGUAUGGGAUUCUAUUCCAUCUCAGAGUAUGGAGGCUAUAAAACAUGACUUAUUGAUUGCUUUAUCAAUUGAGCAAGAAAACACUGUACGUCACAAAUGGGAUCAAUUAUUACCGGCUCUUUUUGAAGCAAGUAAAUCACUUUCCGUUGAACAUCGUGAAGCAGCUCUACGUAUAUUUUCAGCUGUACCUACUCUUAUCACAGACCAACCAAUAGAGAUUGUAAAACAAGUUUUUUCUGAAAAUUUACAAGUUGUUGACAAUCCAGAGAUUCGUAUGGCUACUUUGAAAGCUUCCGUCGCUUUUGUUUUGGAAACUGACCAGCAAAACAGGAGUUCUUUUGCUGAGUUAAUGCCACAAAUGUUAGAUGUGCUUUUUCCCUUGGUAACCAAACACGAUGGAGAUGGAUUGAUUGAUGGUAUAAUGGUGUUCAUUGAACUGGGCGAAAGUUUACCUCGGAUAUUUAGACCUGUACUUUCUAGUGUCAUUUCCUUUUCUGUAAGCAUUAUGAAGGACAAAUCUUUUGAGGAUAAUACUCGUCAAACUGCUUUGGAGCUAUUGUUGACUUUAUCAGAAACAUCUCCAUCAAUGAUGCGUAAAUCACCUGAUUUUUGUACUCAAGUUAUACCAAUUGCUUUGGAGAUGAUGACAGAUUUGGUAGACAUAGAUUCAUGGCAUACCACAGAUGAUUUGGAAGAUAGUGAUAAUGAUGAAAAUUAUGUGGUUGGUGAGCAUGCCAUGGAUAGAUUGGCUCGUAAUCUUGGUGGAAAAGCCGUACUUCCAAUAGCUUUUCAAUAUAUUCCUUCCAUGUUGGGAUCUGAAAGUUGGGAACAACGCCAUGCAGCUCUAAUGGCUAUUUCUGCUAUUGGUGAAGGUUGUGUGAAGAUCAUGGAAGCUGAAUUGGGAAAAAUUAUCGAAUUGGUAUUGCCGUAUCUCAGAGAUCAAAAUUCUAGAGUAAGAUAUGCUGCUUGUAAUGCUAUUGUUCAAGCUCACGCGGCUGCAGCUCUAGUUAAUUUUUGUGAAGCAGCUGAUAAAUCAAUACUUGAACCAUAUUUGGAUACAAUUUUUGAAAGACUACUUGUUCUUUUAAAUUCAGGAAGAACUUAUGUUCAAGAACAAGCCAUCACCACCAUCGCUACUGUAGCUGACAGUUCAGAAGAUAGAUUCGUAAAAGUAUAUGCUUGUCAGAAAGAAUAUCGAUUGUUACGUGGUAAAGCGAUGGAAUCUUUGGCGGUUGGAAAAGAAAUUUUUUUACAAAAUGCUCCUGAAUUUAUACAGUUGUUGACGAUGAUUCAACAAUCUGUUACUGAACCUGACGAUCCUCAAGUAUCAUAUCUUAUUGCUUCUUGGGCUAGAGUUUGUAAAGUACUUGGUCCGGAUUUUGUGCCCUACCUUCCAACUGUUAUGCCACCUCUUCUUCAAUCUGCUCAAUUAAAACCUGAUUUUGCUAUCUUAGAUCCCGAUGAAGAUAUUGAAAACAAAUAUUCAAUUGAAGAUGGUUGGGAAUUUGUAGGAGUAGAGGGUCAGCAAAUUGGCAUUAAAACAACUGUAUUGGAAGAAAAAUGUACAGCUGUUGAAAUGUUGAUUUGUUAUGCUCGUGAACUAGGACCAGCAUUUUGUCCAUAUGUUGAGCAAGUUUUGGAAAUCGUCUUGCCAUUAUUAAAAUUUCUUUUUCACGAAGGUGUUAGAAAUGCAGCAGCAGCCACAAUUCCUCAUUUAUUACAAGCAGUCAAAAAAGCAAAUGCUAGCCCUGAAUAUAUUCUAAAUAUGUGGCACACGAUUGCAAAAAAAAUUAUCGAGUGUAUUAUGAUCGAGACUGAUACCAGUUUUCUAUGGCAAUUGUAUGUUACUUUUCAUGAAUCACUUGAGGUGGUUGGUGAUAAUAGUCUUGAUGAGCAAUUAUUGAAUGUUUUUACCAAAGCUACUGAAGCCCAAUUGCAAGAAUUCUAUCGAAGAUUGCAACAACGCGAACAAGCUCGUCAUAGUGGCGAUUAUGAUGCUGAUGACGAGGAUCUUAUUAUGGAAGAAGAGGCGACGGAAGAAGCCCUGAAUAUAUUCUAA